UGCAGUCAUUUUGCCCUCUGCAUCUAUGAUCCGGCAAAGCGAAAAACAUCAUUGUGGCUAUAAGUAGUGCCUUUUGCAUCAAGAUAAUCACAAAUCCCUUGAACGCGUAUUCUUUUCGGUGUAGAGUGGUGCGCGGGCAUAUUGUUCGGUUUUGGUGCUGGUGCAAUUGUGUUGGGAGAGGUAGAGUUUGGGUGGGGAAAAACAUUUGCAGACCGGUUUUUUUUCCCGGGCAUCGUGCUUGUGUCUCAAUCCCACCGCGGUGCAAACGCAAACACUUGCAUGGAGCUGGACGUGUCAGCGCCGAUGCUUGGAGAUCCACAGUGCGACAUGCCCUUCCCUCCGCACACACUCAAAGCUCGCACUGGCCAAUCAUGCCAAAAUGUGCUGUGCAUGGCCCAAUCCAGCGGGAGGAACAAGGGCAAGGGUGCCUUCCCAGAGUGAAAAGUGUGGACGGAAAUUUCGGGCCCGCGCUUUCUAGCCUCUAGCCGAUUUCGCGGUCAUGGAGCGGCAUGAUUGGCCUGAGCAUCGAACAAUCGGAGCGAUCCCGUUUCUUCGUGCUUGGCCGCCGUCCAGAUCUGGCCGAGCCAUCGCGUUGCUUUUUCGUGGUCGGGCCAGACCUCGACCUGGCCACACCACCGCUCCCACCACUCCCACCACCCACGCCGCACCUGGCUCUGCGGAGUGUCCAUCCUGUCCAGGAAUAGCAGCCAUCGCCUGACGACUCCCGGAACUGGGGAUUUCAGGCACAUCAUAACGGCUGAUGCACCACGGCGUUUGACCCAGCACGCAGCAAACAAGAAAAGAGAAGCCCCCCAGGGAGACAAAGUAGGAAAACAGCCCAUCCGUGGGCGUGCAUGGCCUGGCUUGAUGCUGUCAUCGCGAUCCAGUUCCGUGGCGCGCUCACACUUUCGCAUCGUUCGUUCUUCCCCGCUGCUUUCGGCAGCCCGGCCAACAACCGCUGCUCCCAACCCUGUCGCGGCAUAUCUAAAUAUCGCCCGACAUGUAGCUGCUGUCAGCAGCCAGAGCAUAAGCGGCGGCGGCGACGUCGUCCAUGUCUGUCCCUGUCCCUGCAGCUGCCAUAGCUCCUGCAGCUACCCCCCACGCCGGACCGGCCACUUUGGACCGGCUAGGGCAGCUGCCAAUGCUCACCAGCAGCAGCAUCACCGGCAACCGUGGUCGCGGCGCACGCCCAGCCAUGGGGGGACCGGCGGCUUUGUGGGGAGCUGCCAGGCGAGGGGUGCUAGAACAAAGACGGUCGUCAAGCUGGAAGAUCUGCCCCAGGGCUUGAUCGAGGCUGAGCCGCUUCCCGUCGAGGAGACCGGGCCGGCUUACCCGACCGUGAUCCUGCAGGCGCGCCGCAACAUGGACACGUUCGACAACUGUGUGUUGCUGACCCGCGUCGGCGGCUUCUACGAGCUGUACUUUGAGCAUGCGCAAGAGUACGGCCCGCUUCUGAACAUCAAAGUGGCCUCCAAGAAAACGGGCGCCGGUGUCGUUCCAAUGGCCGGCUUCCCGUUCAUCCAUCUCGACCGCUAUCUCAAGAUCCUGGUGCAGGACCUGAGUCGCUAUGUGGCUAUAGCGGAGGAGUUCCCCAACGAUGCCUCUGGUAAAGUGAGGUCUGGAGGACUGAUGCACGACAGGAGAGUGGCCCGUAUCAUCACCCCGGGCACUUUGAUAGACGAGAACUUUAUGGAUCCCUACUCCAAUAACUACGUCAUGUCUAUCCAUCUGCCCGACCAUGGCGCCACCCAUAGUACUGUUGCCACAACCGAAGCCAUAUCGACAGCAAAAGCACCAGCAGCAGCCCACAACCCCAUGCUGUCUACCAAGUCCGCUCUAGCCGAGGGCCUGGCCGACACCACCCUCGGCCUCGCCUGGCUUGACCUGUCCACGGGCCACUUCGUGACGCAGACUACUACGCUUGCGUCUUUGAGCUCUGUCUUGUCCCGAGUCUGUCCAAGAGAGAUAGUGCUGCAUCGCGAUGCGCAGGCCCAGGCCCCGCCUGGGCUGUUCACCGUCCUCGUCGAGGAGAGGCACUUGGUGACAUACAGUGAUGCUCCGCAGGCAUGGACCACAGCGGACUGGGCAGACAUGCUGGAUUCCGACUUGCCCACUGUGACGCGGGACUCACUCGGUGACGAUGAGGUGGCUGCUGGCAACCUCCUGCUUUACUAUGUCAAGGACCGCCUUCGGGGCACGAGCAUGAAGCUGCAGCCGCCCGUGCGGCACGAUAGCAUGGAGGUCAUGGCCAUCGACAAGAACAGCAUGCGGUCGCUCGAGAUCAGGGAGACCAUCCGCGACGGUGCCUUCAAGGGCAGUCUCCUACACGCCGUCCGCCGCACCGUCACCACGAGCGGCGCCAGAUUACUCAACGAGUGGUUGAGCGCCCCUUCCACCUCCCUGCCAGUCAUUAAAGCCCGCCAGGACCUCGUCUCCCGCUUCAUUCGUGAAGAGGAUCUGCGUGAGGGCAUAGUGCUGCUCCUGCGGAGAUGCCAUGACUCGCAGCGGCUUGUGCAAAAGUUUGCGCUUGGCCGUGGUGAUCCGGACGACAUGCUCGACCUGGCAAAGACGAUCAAGGCCACCCAGGAUAUCGUUACGCUGCUCAAAGAAGCACACGAUGGAAACGCUCACGCCGGGGCUGCCAGCAGUAGGCAGGGGCAGGGAUCCGAACAAGAGGAUGAUUGUCUUGUCGCCAUGACAAGCCGGAUCAGUCUCGAGAAGCCUGCGGCCCUGGCCAAGCGGAUUCGGGGGGCGAUAGACGAAGAGGGCCUGAUGCAGCGGCAUCAGUUGGAAGCGGACGAGGCAGAGCAGAUGACGGCGCUGGCGCAGCGGAUCUUGGGCGAGGGAGGCUCGGAGGAGGACGCCGCGAUUCUCCCCAAAACCGUCACCGCCACCGCCAGGAAGAAGAAGCCAACAUCAAUGCGAGAUUACUACGCUGCAGACAGCGAGGCGUGGAUAAUGAAGCCCGCCGCGAGUCGGGCACUAUCCCGCCUUCACUCGGAGCUGAACGGCAUGCAGGAGGAGAAGGUGGGUCUUGGCGAGAGCCUUCAGAAGGAGCUCAAGGCACCUAGCCUGACGCUCAAGUGGACGCCCGGGCUCGGUCACAUCUGCCACGUCAAGGGAAAGGACAUGCGCUCGCUGGCCAACGACGUUCGCGCGCUCAGCUCGAGCCGGACCACCCGUUCCUUCCACCAUCCUCACUGGUCCGACCUGGGCCGCCGCAUGGACCAGAUACGCAUGGCCAUCCGGGCCGAGGAGCAGCGCGUGUUCCAGGACCUACGCGCGGCCGUGGUGCGCGCGCUCGUGGGCCUGCGGCGCAACGCGGGCGUGCUCGACGAGCUCGACGUGGCCACGGCCUUUGCGCGCCUGGCCCUCGAGAAGGGGCUCGUCCGCCCGCUGCUCAACAGCGGCACGGCCCACGCAAUCGCCAACGGGCGCCACCCGACGGUCGAGAGCGGCCUGGCCGAGCGCGGGAGCUCCUUCACCAGCAACGACUGCUUCGUCGGCUCGCCCGGCCACGGCCGCCUGUGGCUGGUGACGGGGCCCAACAUGGCGGGCAAGUCGACCUUUUUGCGCCAGAACGCGCUCAUCACGGUCCUGGCCCAGGCCGGCUGCUUCGUGCCGGCCGACCACGCCGAGCUGGGCGUCGUCGACGGCCUCUACAGCCGCGUCGGCUCCGCAGACGACCUGUUCCGGAACCAGAGCACCUUCAUGGUCGAGAUGCUCGAGACGGCCCAGAUCCUGCGCUGCGCAACCCCGCGCAGCUUCGUCAUCAUGGACGAGAUCGGCCGCGGCACCACCCCCGAGGACGGCACCGCCGUCUCCUUCGCCUGCGUCGACCACCUCGUCCGCCGGAACCGCUGCCGCGCCCUGUUCGCCACCCACUUCCACGCCGUAGCCGACCUCGCCGUCGCUAGGGGCAUGCACGUAGGCGACUCGGCCGGCGGCGGCGGCGGCGGCGGUGGUGGUGGUGGUGGUGGUGGUGGUGGGAGCGCCGCCGGGUCCGUCGAGAUGUAUUGCACCGACGUCGUCGAGGACGCCAGCGGAGGCUUCGUAUUCGUGCACAGGUUGCGAAAGGGCAUCAAUCGCUGCAGUCACGCGCUCAAGGUCGCUCGCCUGGCUGGGCUUCCCGAAGCUGCCAUCCAAGUUGCUCAGGAUAUCCUUGACGACGCACAGGUUACGGUAAAGAUCAAGGAUGCUUGA